ACCAUUCUCCUAAUUACGUGACACUCAGCGCAGCAAUGGCAACCAAGAGCCUUCUCCCGGUCCCGGUCACUCUCUGCUUCCUCCUCGUGCUUGCAGCGCAGGGCACAGAGGCUGUUAGUGUCCUCGCAGUCGUCUCUGGCAAAGCGCAAUGCAGAAACAACCCCUCCAGGGUCAUCAGCGAUGCUUCCCUGCACGUGGUGAUAAACGGCACCACGGUCAUCGGCAACGGCAAGACGAGUAGCACGGGCCAGUUCUUGGUGAUGAUGGACGUGACCUCGAAAGACCAGCUGAACUCCCUGGCGAGCAGCGGCAAGGCGGUGAUCACCGUUGCUCCUGGCGUCUGUGGCACUGGCGCGCCUUCCGACGCCGCCGUCGUGACGACCCUGGUAGCGCCGGUGCGGCCGAGAUGCGGUUAUUUAAUGCUUAAAACUAAUUUGGGCAUUUUACUCAGCCUUCUCGACGGCAUCGUCGAUGAUCUGGAUGCAAGCAGCAGCGACGUCAGGGUCGACGUCUGCGCUGGUGGCGGGCUCCCAACACACCAAACCCCCAUGGAACAUGAAGAAGCGUCCGGUAUCAUCUGGAACCUCCUCUCUGCGAUGAAGAACGGCGAUGGAAAGAUGGGUGUCGUGUUCCUUGAGUCCGGUCAGUUCGCCAACGAGCUGAUAACUGAAUCGUGAUGAACGAACCUACGCUAGCAGUGGCCGGCUAGUGGAGACAUACAUAAAUAUGAUAAAUAAAUAGAUCUAAUGGCCAAAGCCAGAUUUCAGUAUGCA